ACGUGUUGGCCAUGCUUUGAUCAAGGGUAUUUAGCUCAUGCCAGAGGUUCUCUCUUUUCUCCCACCUACUUCUUGCACCCUGGCCUCACUUACAGCAAUCCACUACUCGCGAUGACUAAAGACCAUAGGCCAGAUCCUCCAGAAACCUGCGAGGCACCCGUUCGUGAAAAUUCGGUAUGUCGUCUCAAGGGCUUACUUGACGUGGAUGAGCGCUCAUGGAAUUCAUCGCUGCUGUAACGCUUUCUUCGUCCAGAGCCGACUCCGUACUCGAGUCAAGCAGAUUAUUUGGAAAUUUGCGAAAGGCGUCGCCAAGAAACUUGCUAAACCCUUCAAGUUUUUCCGCAACCGCAUUCCUGCGAACCAGAGCGUAGACCUUCAAGAUGCUUCAACCACUGUCGUUCAGAACGUCGAAAUGGAAGGGUCUUCAUCAAGUCAGAAAGUCGACUCAUCCAACGACGACAAGCAUCCCACCACAUCUGAGAUUCCCAGUGACUCUGUGAACCAAGGGCUGUCCGGAGAGCCUGCUUCUCAGGUUCAGGCCGCUCCUUCUGGCGAGGAGGAAAAUCUUGAUACUCAAUUAGUUGACGCUGAACUUCAGGGUGCUUGUGAUAGCACACAAAACAUGGGAUUACUCGGGAAACAUGCGACUUCUGCGGCAUCCGCCGUCGACCAUGCCCCAGCGGGUCUCGCUGCCGCGGAUAAUUUUGAGACGAAGUAUCUCCAACCCCUAAAAAUUAUUGAUGGUGUCCUCGAGAAGAUCGCGGAUGUAUGGGCUAUUCUUGUCUAUUGGAAGCGGACUAAUCAAGUUGUAUAGGUACAUCCUUACGCAAAGAUAGCGCUGGGUGUGCUGUCUGCUGCAUCCAAAGUAUGUUUGAUUUCUCCCGGAGUGCAGUCUCCUGCUUAGA